AGAGGACAGUCAGACGGACACAUCGUUCUCCGACUCAUCGCUGUUCGCUCAUUGGGGUCAGGAGCUCGGCCCGGACAACCAGCGGGUGGCAUUGAAGAUGUUCCAGUACUACGGAUACAACGGCUACCUCAGUGAUCGACUCUCUUUAGACAGGCCAAUCCCAGAUCUCAGGCCUGAUGGGUGUAGGAACCUCACUUACCCUUUAAACCUCCCUCAAUUGAGCAUCGUGUUCAUUUUUGUGAAUGAAGCCUUUUCCGUCAUCCUGCGGUCCAUCCACUCUGCCAUCAACAGGACGCCCUCCCACCUUCUCAAAGAGAUAAUCCUGGUGGACGACAACAGCAAUAACAAGCUCAAAGAGAAGCUGCAAGAUUUUGUGUCUGAGACCAACAGCCAGCAUCCGGGAUUCAUCGUGUUGGUGCGUCAUACUAAGCAGGAGGGUCUGAUCCGUUCCAGAGUGAGCGGGUGGAGGGCCGCUACUGCCCCAGUGGUCGCCCUGUUUGAUGCCCACGUCGAAUUCAAUGUUGGCUGGGCUGAACCCAUUCUGCAGAGAAUUCAAGAAGACAGAACCCGCAUAAUCUCCCCAUCAUUUGAUAACAUCAAGUACGACACGUUUGAGAUUGAAGAGUAUCCGCUUUCGGCCCAGGGCUUUGACUGGGAGCUGUGGUGUCGCUACCUUAACCCACCCAAAUCCUGGUGGCACAAAGGCAACAAGAGCGCACCAAUCCAGAGCCCUGCCCUGAUAGGCUGCUUCGUGGUGGAUAGGCUGUACUUUGAGGAGAUCGGCUUGCUGGAUGAGGGGAUGGAGGUGUACGGAGGAGAAAAUGUGGAGCUGGGCAUCAGGGUGUGGCAGUGUGGCGGCAGUGUUGAGGUCCUCCCUUGCGCUCGUAUCGCCCACAUAGAGCGAGCUCACAAACCCUACACGGAUGAUCUGACGUCUCACGUGCGGCGAAACGCUCUCAGAGUGGCAGAGGUUUGGAUGGAUGAGUUUAAAAGCCAUGUCUACAUGGCCUGGAACAUUCCCGUGGAGGACUCCGGGAUCGAUAUAGGCGAUAUCUCUGAGAGGAAGGCUCUAAGGAAGAGGCUGCAGUGUAAAACUUUCCGAUGGUACCUGGUCAACAUCUACCCUGAGAUGAGGAUGUACAGCGACACCAUCGCAUACGGAGUACUGAAGAACUCUCUGAAGAACGAUCUGUGUCUGGAUCAGGGACCUGACAAUGACAACGUGCCCAUCCUAUAUCUCUGUCACGGGAUGACACCUCAGAAUGUGUACUACACCGGCACUCAGCAGCUCCACAUCGGCCUCCUCAGUCCCACCAUUGACGACGACGACAACAAGUGCCUGGUGGACGUGAACAGCAGACCGCGCCUCAUCGAGUGCAGCUACGCCGCGGCCAAACGCAUGAAGCUCCACUGGCUCUUUUCUCAGGGAGGAUCCAUCCAGAACAGGAAAUCAAAGAGGUGCCUGGAGCUCGUAGUGAGCAGCGACAAUGAGUUUGGCUACCAACUCACUCUGCAGAAAUGCACCGGACAGAAAUGGUUCAUCUCAAACGUGCUGUUUAGCAACGCCUUAUGAUCAACAUCUGGCGGGGACACUGGAGUGAAUGGAAGGAGUUGCUUCUUUUGUGUACCGAUGGAUUGUGUGAGAUGAUAGGAAACAGGAGUCCAACAGAAGAGCAGUGCAUGGUUGAACACGGUCAUUUUGAGCACCACGAUGUCCUCCAAUGAGACGAGUUGACAUCACAUGAUAAAUGUUAAACAUUUUAUUUUGCCUACAGGAUCAGCCAUAGUUGGCGGAAUUUUGCAGAUUUGACAAAGUAGUAUAUUUAGUAUAUUUUGUGGUAAAUACAGUACAGUCAGAUUUCGUUGACUUAAAAGAUGUAAUGGGUCCAAUAUGUUUUUGUACUUUGUGCAUAAUUGCUACUGUGUAGCAGGCUUUCUGAACCUGUCCCUGCUGUAAUUAUUUCAUUUUAGUGUCUCAGGUUUGUAGGUUUAUUAUGGGAUUCAGCUGUAAAGUUGUGGGAAAAUGUUGGAAUAAAUAUGAAAAUUAUAGAUAAUUUUCUACAUGUAAAUAUUUUGAAUAUUUGUUAUAUAUAACAUUAAAAUAACUGAUGUAAACUACUAAGGGCAGUUUUUGUCUUUUGUUGUUGCACAAACAUAAUUUUGAUUGACAAAAUUUGGAUGUGGUUUGACAACACAUUUACAGUCAGACAAUAAUGAAGUACAGAAAGCUGCAAGUUGCAGAGAACUAAACUGAACAAAGUUAGAACACAAGUUUCCUGACGCGGUGUGCUGCGGUGGUUUGUGGCUGAAGUAAUUACUUAUGACUUACACCGUGUCUCCUCCACAAGAAGGCGUAGCGUGAGCAGUACUCUGGCAGAGCUGCUGAAACGGGUCUUGUGUAGACAUGCCACAGCAUGGCAUGCAUCAUUAGCCUCUACACUAUGAACUCUAUAUAUAAUUGCUCUGUAGUCUGUGAAAUAAAAUUGGAAGGUUAAAACUAGCAUUUUUUUACCCUGCAGAUAGAUGACUGCUGGUUGUCAUGUUGAAAUGUUUUCUUCAAGUGCAUUUGUUUAGUCUAUUUUCAUGUUCUUUUUAGUUGCAGUGUGUUAAACAUAGGGGCCACCAUUUGGCCUUAAAAGGGACAUUUUAUUAAAUAAACAAAACUU